AAAGUCAAAACCCUACUGCUUUUUCGGCCGGAAAAACCCUCCUGACUCCUAUUGGUUUUGGUUUUCAAAUUCUGAAUUACGUCCAAUGCCUUCAUCCAGUUCGAAUUCCGUGAAAAUGGAUCCUUUAGCUACAGUCGUGGAGGGUGUAAAAGGUUUUGCAAAAUCGAGCCAUGAUUGGGUUAAUGGCCUCCUCCAACGCCGCCAUAAUUCAUCUCACCGGAAUCCGAUUGAAAUCUUGAAGCGUUUGCAGCGGGAAUCGUUUUCAGACUUGAUGAAGAUCAGAGACAGACAGGAUAAGGUCGAGCGGUUGCUUUCUUUCUAUGGGAAGUCCAAGGGAAGUCCGUUCCAAGAAGCUGGUACCCAUGUGAGGGGGGAAGUUGAUGUUUUGGGGGCAAUGUUGUUGAUGGGUGAAGUCAAUCAAGAGCAUUGUGAUGCAAUGGAAAGGGCAGGAAUCAGAACUGGGAUUAAUUCAAAGUUUAUUUUUGAGACAACUGUUCGAGGGAAAGAUAAUCUUGCAGUAGAGUUUGUGAGUGAUCAGAAUGGCAGGGGAUAUCUCGGUGAUGUUACAGGAACCCCACUUUCUUUGGCAAAGGUGUCCUAUAAGGCAAAUGUUGGGGACUGGUUUUCUGCAAUUGCAAUUCCGAUGGGAGCUCAAUUCAGAGAUGUUGAUGUUACUACAGACUUUUCCCAUCAGGGGAAGGGUCUAACUGAUUUAUCAUGUUUUGGGCCACCCCUUCUAAAUCAGCAUAAUGGUAGUGCAAUUGGGCUAACUGUGAGAAAGUCAAAUAUUGUUGCUUCAUUGGCUCACUCUGUCUCUAGACUAGGACUCCCAUCAGGUUUUGAUGGAAUUGGCCACUGCUUCAGCACUUUUGGGCAAGUUGUCUGUCAACUUCCAGGAAGAACUAAAGUCUCUGUUUUGGGUCUUCAUGAAGUGCCUAAAUUGUCAAGUUGCGAAUCUGGAAUGCUUAGUGUUCCGGUAGGAUUUUUGACACAUCAUGAAGCCUCCGAUAGAAUGGAUGAAUCAUCUUCUCCACCUUUGAGAACAGGCACCCAGGGAAUUGUCUCAACUGGUUCUAUUGCUUUGAAGCUGGAUUCAGAACUUGAUGAAUAUACAAGACUUGGAGGUUGGAUUGAGAUGAAAAAUUGCAAUCCAAAAAAUGUUCGCUGGGCAGUUAACUUGUCUGAUAUUUCUGAUGAUGAAUUUGGCUGGGGUAUGAGUCUUGGUGGGAUUAUUGAAGGGCCAAAAAAUUGGGAUCACUUUCAGGUUGAAUCCUAUUUGAAAUUUAAUAUGAGCAAGAGAUUCAGCUUGAAGCCAGGUCUUGCAUAUGUAGUUGAUGGGAAUUCCAGAACCAUGGCCCUUAUGCUUCGCUCUAAUUGGUCUCUUUGAUCUGCUACUUUUCUCAUUUUGUCAGUUAGAGGUUUUCUUUUGUUUAGGAGGCCAUAAUUUUUUGGGAAGUUCAUAGUGUUCUCUUCAAGUUUAUGGUAGUCUGACAUGGCAUGGCUGGGAAAAUUUAAGAUUUCUGAUUGAAGAUGACUGUUAUCUUAAUCUACUACAUAUCCAGGCUCUAAAUUUUUGCUUUGCAUAAUUUCAUGACCAAUAAUAGUCAACACAUAAUACGUGAUUCCUUCUUUUAGCAGUUUUUUUCUUUGCCAUCUUCUUAUUAGCUUUGGUCCACUAGAUACUAUUACAUUAUGUAUAACUACUAACUUCUAAAAGCCUCUCAGACUCCUAGUUGUCAAACUCUUUCUAAUUGUUUUCAUGAUAUUUGUUGCAAGGUUUUCCCACACAGGGAAUGGCAAUUUUAUUGUUAACUGCAGUUCCUCCAGAAGGAAUGCCUCCCUAUUGUAACAACAAUAUUUUAGAAGGUUGCCUCUAAAGCUCGCCUAGCUCACAACUCUCCUUUUAUUGCUUCCUUCAGUCCUCUCAAGCAGCUGGCAAUAGUUCAUGUUGUCCUUUGUGCUGAUAAACUUGACAUUAUUAACAACCAAAAGUGAGAGCUUCUCUGACUGUAUAGUGCUUUGAUUAUAAUUUCAGACUUUCAGUAGUGACUUCAAUCACAGUUCACCAAAUGUUCAUGAAAUCCGUUGGCUGUAGAAAUUCCUGUAGUGCUCUGCAUUCUUCUCCACUACAUCAUAUUUUCCUUCAUUUUCUGUAUAUCAAAUUGAAGGAAGAUGAUACUUUAUUUGCUAGUUUUGCCAAAUCAAGGAGGCUGGUUUGACUUGGAGGAACAACAACUCCUAGUUCUGAGUCUUUGCUACCAAUGAAAUACUCUGAUGGUAGUCUUCCAAGGUUCAAAGCCUGCUGCAACCUGGGAAACUAAGGUACAA